AUGGCGCAGGUCGAGCGUUUGGCUGAUAGCCUGGAGAAGCCGUCGGUUGAUAACCGCACGUAUCGUGUUAUCAGGUUGCCAAACAAGCUGGAGGCUCUCCUGGUCCACGAUCCAGAUACCGAUAAGGCCAGUGCCUCUGUCAACGUCAACGUGGGGAACUUCUCUGACGACAGUGACAUGCCUGGUAUGGCUCAUGCGGUAGAGCAUCUGCUCUUCAUGGGCACUGAAAAGUACCCCAAGGAGAAUGACUAUAACCAGUAUCUUGCUGCACACUCAGGCCAUUCUAAUGCAUACACGGCUGCAACAGAGACAAACUACUUCUUUGAGGUUGCUGCUACCUCCCAUCCACGGUCCAAGGCCCCGUCUGCCGUUCCGUCCGCCACACCGUCCCAGGCUCCAACGCCAGGAGGGACGUUGACCGAUAGGAUGUCCCACCUCGCGGUUGAAGGGGCUGCAAACAGCGCCAGCUCGUCUACAAGUGACCUCACGCCUCCAUUGUACGGUGCUCUUGACCGAUUCGCCCAAUUUUUUAUUGCUCCCCUCUUCCUUCCCUCCACUCUCGAUCGUGAGCUUCAGGCUGUCGAUUCAGAAAACAAGAAGAACCUACAGAGUGAUCCAUGGCGUAUGCUACAGCUAAACAAGUCUCUCUCUAACCCAAAACACCCUUACCACCACUUCUCAACUGGAAAUCUAAAGACACUGCGUGAUGAUCCCCAAGAGCGUGGGCUGGAUGUCCGGAGUGAAUUCAUGAAGUUUCACGAGAAGCACUAUUCCGCAAAUAGGAUGAAGCUCGUUGUCUUGGGCAGAGAGCCAUUGGAUGAACUAGAAGGGUGGGUUGCAGAGUUGUUUGCUGACGUCAAGAACAAAGAUUUGCCACAGAAUCGAUGGGAUGAUAUCGAGGUUUUUGAGAAGGAUAAUAUGCUGAAUAUAGUUUUUGCAAAGCCCGUGAUGGAUAGCAGGACCUUGGACAUCUUCUUUCCUUACCCGGAUGAGGACCAUCUGUACGAGUCCCAGCCUAGCCGGUAUAUCAGCCACCUGAUCGGACACGAAGGUCCUGGCAGUAUCCUGGCCUACAUCAAGUCCAAGGGAUGGGCAACUGAACUCUCGGCUGGCUCGAUGCCCAUAUGCCCCGGAUCAUCCUUGUUCAAUGUAUCCAUUCGUCUGACGGAGGAUGGAUUACAACAUUACCGGGAGGUCGUCAAGACUGUUUUCCAAUACAUCUCUCUGAUUAAGGAACGAGCUCCCGAACAGUGGAUUUUUGAUGAGAUGAAGAAUCUCUCUGAAGUGGAUUUCAAGUUCAAGCAAAAGUCCCCAGCCAGUCGAUUCACUAGUGCCCUUAGCAGCAUCAUGCAGAAACCAUAUCCUCGCGAAUGGCUCUUGAGUGGCUCGACCCUGUUGCGAAAAUUCGAUCCAGAGCUUAUUUCAGAGGGGCUCGCUCAUCUUAAUGCGGACAACUUCAAUAUUGAGAUCGUAUCUCAAAAUUUCCCUGGCGGCUGGGACAAGCGGGAGAAAUGGUACGGCACCGAAUACAAGGUGGAAAGGGUUCCAGAGGAUUUACUUGCUGAGAUUCGCCAUUCCCUGGAAACAUCUACUGGCAGAAUCCCGGAGUUGCACAUGCCGCAUAAGAACGAAUUUGUUCCAACUAGGCUAGACGUUGAAAAGAAGGAAGUGGCCGAACCUGCCAAACGGCCGAGCCUGAUUCGAAUGGAUGAGAAGGUUAGAACCUGGUUCAAGAAAGAUGACACUUUCUGGGUCCCCAAGGCUGCGCUGGAGAUUACUCUGCGAAGCCCACUGGUGUAUGCGACUCCGGGAAAUAAUGUGAUGGCCAAGCUUUACUGUAGCUUGGUCAGAGACGCCCUGACGGAAUACUCAUAUGAUGCAGAGUUGGCAGGUUUGGACUAUGACCUAUCUCCAAGCGUUUUUGGCUUGGAAGUAGCAAUCGUGGGGUACAAUGACAAGAUGGCAGUAUUACUUGAAAAAGUCCUUACGAUCAUGAGGGACCUUGAGAUUAAACCUGAUCGAUUCAGAAUCGUCAAGGAGCGUAUGACUCGAGGAUAUAAGAACUCGGAGUACCAGCUCCCGUACUACCAGGUUGGAAGCUUCACAAGGUAUUUGACGGCAGAGAAAGCUUGGAUAAAUGAACAGUUGGCCCCUGAGCUAGAACAUAUUGAACUUGAGGAUGUCGCGUCAUUCUACCCUCAGCUGCUUCGCCAAACACAUAUCGAAGUCCUAGCCCACGGUAACCUGUACAAGGAAGACGCCUUGAAGCUUACUGACCUUAUCGAAUCUACGCUUAAACCACGAGUCCUGCCCCAGUCCCAGUGGCACGUACGCAGGAAUAUGAUCAUUCCUCCUGGAAGCAAUUACAUCUACGAGGAGACCCUCAAGGAUCCCGCUAACAUCAACCACUGCAUCGAGUACUAUCUGUUCGUUGGAACUUUGACAGAUCCACUUCUACGUGCCAAAUGUUUGCUCUUUGGGCAAAUGACAAAUGAACCGGCGUUCGACCAACUCCGUACCAAGGAGCAGCUCGGAUACGUUGUCUGGAGUGGUGCCCGCUACUCCUCAACCACUCUGGGUUACCGUGUGAUCAUCCAAAGUGAACGAGACAACCAAUACCUCGAGUCUCGCAUUGAUUCCUUCCUCGAAAACUUCGGAGAAACCCUUCUCUCAAUGUCUCAGGACGAAUUUGAAGGCCAUAGACGAAGCAUAAUCAACAAGCGAUUGGAAAAGCUGAAGAACCUCAGCUCCGAAACCAGUCGGUUCUGGUCUCACAUUGGCUCUGAAUAUUUCGAUUUCACACAGCAUGAAGUUGACGCUGCGGCCCUAGAUGAACUGACCAAGGAUGAUAUCAUCGCGUUUUACCGCCAGUACAUCGACCCCAACUCCCCCACUCGCGCGAAGCUUUCUGUUCACAUGAAGGCACAAGCAAGUGCGAGCCUGGUUGCUUCUGCGGAGCAAAAGGGUGAUGUAGUUUCUAAGAUCGAGCAGUUCCUUGGUGCGGCCGGAGCAAAAGUUGAUACCGACAAGUUCAAGGAGGCAUUCAAGGACAUAACCAUCUCCAGCAAUAACUUGGAUGGAAUCAUUUCUACCGUGCGCAACUAUCUGACUUCUGUCCUACGACUUGCUGAAGACGAAACCACGAAGCUUUUAGAGCCAGCCAAGGGUGUCUUGCCAACCUUGCUCUCCCAAGCCGGCAUAACAACCAUCACCAACGGUGACAAAGAACCAGAAUCAAAGGAAGAAUCUACGAACGGUGCUGUCAAUGGAGAAAAGGCUGUCAACCGCAAGCCAACGUACAUUACCAACGUCCCUGAAUUCAAAGCGCGCCUUAGUGUCAGCGCCGCAACCGUUCCGGUGGUCGACUUGUCAGAAUUUGAAGACUUUGAUCCGAAACUUUAG